AUGGUGUUGCUGGAGCUUCUAGAAACAGCCCCACUAAACCGAAUACCCCGAACGUCCAAGGAUGAAAUCCGCUAUUUGACCUUCAACGUCAACGGCAUAAAAACACUUUUCAACUACCACCCUUGGAACAGGCUCCAGAACGACCAUGAUGCUUUCUUCUCAGGCCUAGGUGCUGAUAUCAUUCUGCUUCAGGAGCUCAAGAUCAACAACGACGGCCUUGCAGCUACGGGUGUUCUCAAGAAUUACAAGGCGUUUAUACUGGUGCCGAAAUCACGCAAAGGCUACUCGGGAGUCGGCCUUUUUGUCAGAUUACCGACUUCUUCAGAUCCACCUCACGUUCAGACGUGUUUGUCUGUGGUAAAAGCAGAAGAGGGAAUCACAGGAACAUUGCCUAGUGCUGAAGACAAAAGCCAGUGCUACGACGAGUCUCCAAACGCUAUUGGCGGAUACUUGAAUGGAGAUGAUAUGGAGGAAAUGAACAUGACCAUCGAUGAGCUACGAUCCUUGGACUACGAGGGCCGUGCCGUGGCGGUGGAGUUGGCGUCUGGAACGGUGGUUUUUUCUUUAUACUGUCCGGCCAACUCUAUGGGCACGGAGGACGGUGAGAUCUUCAGACUUCGCUUUCUAGAAGUGCUUCUCCGACGUUCUUUGAAGCUUAAAGCUUUGGGCAAGCAAGUGGUCAUCAUGGGAGAUAUCAACGUGUCCUUGGACCUCAUAGACCAAGCUGAGGCGAUCAACGAGGGCAUCAAGGCGAAUUUGGUGUCCAACAAUCUCAAAGAUGGCGGUGAAGCAUUCGAGAAGGAGAAUAAGGAAGCUUGUUUGGCAUUCAAAGAUAGACCACAACGAUCCCUUCUCCAGCGCUUCGUUUUUCCCACAAACCCAUUUACACAAGCUCUGGAGCAUGCUUAUCUAUACGAUACCACUAGAGUAAGCCAGGGCCGCCGUUUGGCUAUGUACACUGUUUGGAACACCAUGACGAGCGCUAGGCAGUCCAACUUUGGCUCUAGAAUCGACCUUAUUUUGAUGAGCUGCAAAGAGGCCGUCAAGAGCAUUUCCAAAGCGGACAUUCUUCCAUAUAUCAACGGGUCAGACCAUUGUCCGGUGUUCACUGAUAUAGACGUUUCCUAUGUGACAAUUCAGCCACCGGCAGAACAGAAGAAGCUCAAGUUUGAGGCAAAGUCCUUCUAUAAAUUGGUGAAACACAGAGACAUUUCAUCGAUGUUUGGCACUGGUAUCAAGCGGUCCGCUACACCAGAGGAGAAGAAGGACAAUGGUGAGUCAAAAAAGCCAAAACUACAAUACGUGAGUCGGAAGAAGACAAACUCGUCUCAACAUAGCAUCAAUACUUUCUUCUUUCAAGACAAAGCAUCAAAGCAGGACGACAAAGUCUCUGACGACAAUUAUGAGCCUACCCAAGAGGAUAAACCCUCAGACGCCGUCAAGUUAGACUCGAUAUCCAAGUUGACGUCCCUUAUUUAUUCGGAUCCCCCAAAAUGUCAUCAUGGCGAAAAAUGCACCCUCAAAACCAGUCUUACUAAUGCAUCCAAAGGUAAGAAGUUCUGGUGUUGUCCUCGAGCAUCGAAAGGUAGUUCAACAGAGUUGGGUGAACAUCGCUGUGAAUACUUUGAAUGGGCCAAAAUGAAAAGCAGAAGCUAA